AUGGUUCUGGCCGUGACUCUGGGACAAUUCGGCUUCCCAGGACUUGGCGGAAGGCCAGGAUUUGGUGGUCUUGGAGGAGGUAAUCCACUCCUUGCCGCUCGUGGAGGCUUAGGUGGACUUGGUGGAUUUGGUGGACCUGGACUCCAAGGACUUGGAGGGGGAUUCCAGCAACAGCCUCCUCCACCCAGCAAUCCCCAGCAGCAGGCUCAACCUUCCGGUCAGGACCAGAAGAAGCUGGUGGACCUCCUGGCCAACGUCAUCUCAAAGAACCAUGAUCACAAGUACCAUCAGGAACACAGUAACGAUAACUCCGACGCCCCCAAGACGCCCAGCAGAAUUCAAGCAAUCAAAGAUGCUAUUGCACUCCAUAACAGGAGUUAUUGA